AUGGUCGGCCCAGGCGAGAAGGGCCUCGCCAGCUCUCGAUGGGCGCCCAUCAACACCGGCCGCCCACCGUACUACUGGACAUCCAACAGGUUCAGGCAAUCCGCCUCUUCUUCGUCUACCUCCUCGACCUCGAACGCGAUACACACGACGACGACAACAACCACAAGCACGCAGCCCCCUCCGCCCAUCCCGUCGACGAACACAGUAGCGUCCCUUUCCGACGGCAUCACUUACACCGGCAACCCCUACGAGGCCGACGCCUCCGCCCUGACCCGCGUCCCGACUCCCUGGUCCGAGCUGAGCAGGUUCAUGAAGAUCGCGCGCCGCAUGCGCUGGAAGCUGCCCUUCCUCGGCCAGGGCUACCGAGCCGCGACCGACCGCGCCCUCAACACGCCCGACGAUCGUGCCGAGGCAGAGCUUAUGUUCAAGCUCGACUUCUUCGAGUACUACAUGCUUCUCGAGAGGGCGCUGGUGCACCUAAUGGGCGUCUUUGGCGUCAAGAUCACGGGGGCCUUCAAUGGCACAAGGUCAGGCACCAGAACCCCUAACGGAAAUGGGCGGAGCGGUGGUGCCGCCGCAGGGCAGCAGCAACAGCCCCAGAGCGACCACCGCUUCCACGCCAACGUCCUCGACGCCCUCGACGACCCGCGCAACCCCCUGCACCCCGUCCUCGGCGCCGGCGACGCCCGCUACGCCCUCGCCCGCGCCAAGGAGCUGCGCAACCGCUGGAAGAACGCCGACGAGCCCGACUCGGUCGUCGCCGCCUCCUCCAUAGCCGCGGCGAAGCUGGCCGCGCGCCCGCUCGAGGACUAUGAUCUGGAGCGGAUCCUCGAGAACAUCUUCACCGGGCUCGAGGGCGCCUACGUCAUUGCGGACCGGUACGUCGCCGGCGUGCGGGCGCUGGCUGCCGAGCGCGGGCUGGCGGCUCCGGGGGCGGCGGCCAAUGGGACAGCAACGCCUGAUAACGCUGCUGAAGAAACGCAGUGGGAGUUCAUGGUUGAUGCCAUGGACUGGGAGGCUGUAUAA